AUGGCAUCUCGACACGUCCUCGCCACGCUCGGCCGCAACCUGGCCUCGACCUCUUCGGCCGUCCCCAACACCAGCUUCGCCCGCCGAUGCAUGAGCACGAGCGUCGUGCGCCAUGCCAUCUCCAACUUCACCAUGCCCGCCAUGUCGCCCACGAUGACGUCGGGCGGCGUGGCGACGUGGAAGGUCAAGGAGGGCGAGUCGUUUAGCGCCGGCGAUGUGCUCCUCGAGAUCGAGACCGACAAGGCCACCAUGGACGUCGAAGCGCAGGACGACGGCAUCAUGGCCAAGAUUGUCGUCCAGGAGGGUGCGAAGGACGUCCAGGUCGGCAAGGUCAUUGCCGUCCUCGCGGAGGAGGGAGACGAUAUCUCCAACGUCGAGGUGCCAAAGGAGGACGAGCAGGCUUCGCAGCCGCAGCAGCAGCAGCAGCAGGAGAAGGACGCCGAGACGAGUUCAGGACCCACGUCUUCGCAGCAGUUCGGACAGGAGGCAAAGAGCAGCCCGCAUCCGUCGACGCAGACUGGCGCAUCCACCGGCGGCGCCGCGCCCGGAUCCUCGUCCUCAACGUCGCACCACCAGUCCAAGGGCCCCAUGUUCCCCUCGGUGCAGCGGCUAAUCGCCGAAAACAACAUCCAGGACGCCGAGUCCAAGAUCAAGGGCACCGGCAUCCGCGGCAUGAUCACCAAGGGCGACGUCCUCGCCUUCCUCGGCAGGGCAAAGAGCCCCACGGGCACCUUCAAGGAGGCAAAGGGCGGCAUCGCCGUGCUCGGGCCCAGCCAGGCCUUCCCCAAGAAGGCAUCCGGCGCCAACGCGGCCUCGUCGGGUGAUGCCAAGAAGGUUAGCGAGCCUCUGACCGGCACCGAGCUGCGUUCGCUCAUCAUUGGCGGCCUCGCAGCAUCGGCAGCGGCCCGCAAGACCCGGCCUGCUCCCACGCCAGCCCCGGCACCGGAGCCUGCGCCCGUGGCACCCAAGAAGGUCGUCACCCGCAAGGACGGCAUCCGAUCCGACGACCCGCUCUGGUCGCUCUUCUGA